AUGGUUGCGAGAUGCUUGGUUCCUUGCCUCUUGGCGUCGGCUGCCCUGUCCUCUGCCUUCGACCCUCAACUAGGCUUCAACAGCUUUGUCGCCGUCGAGAAUCGCACCCUGGAUGAAAUCCACCAGGCUGCCCUGAAGGAGGGUGGUACCCUCACCGUCUGGCAUGGCGGCGAUGAGAAGAACCAGCAGGACUCGCUCAAAGAGGCUUUCGAGGCCCGGUUCCCCGGCAUGACGCUGAACAUCACCGUGGAUCUGUCCAAGUACCACGAUGUCAAUCUCGACCGUCAACUCGCCACGGACAGCCUCUAUGUCGACAGCAUCAUCCUACAGACGCUGCACGACUACCCACGAUGGAAGUCCCAAGGCGCGCUCCUGCCGUACAAGCCGCUCGGGUGGGACGAGGUGCACGACGAGUACAAGGACCCGCAAGGGUUCUACGCAGGCAUCGGCAUCUUUGGCUGGUCCAACGUGUGGAACAGCGAAUACGUCUCGGACGGGCCCAAGGAGUACGCCGACUACCUCAAGCCCGAGUUCAAGGACAAGCUCGUGCUGACCUACCCCAACGACGACGACGCCGUCCUCUACGCCUUCGACCUCAUCCUCCGCCACCAAGGCGUCGCGUGGUUCGACGCGCUCCUGACGCAAAACCCGCGCUGGGUCCGCGGCACCGCCACGCCGGCCACGCUCGUCGGCUCCUCCAACGGCAGCUACACGGCCACCUUCACCACCGCGCUCGGCCUCUCCCCUCCUUCCCCUUUCAACAUCUCCUUCCCGUCGCCCGCCGGCGGCAGCGACGGCGGGCCCUCGUUCGUCACCUGGCCGCAGACGGCCGCCAUCCUCACGGACGCGCCGCACCCGGAGAGCGCCCGGCUGCUGCACUCGUACCUGCUGACCAAGGAGCGCCAGGCGGCGGCGGGCGGGUGGAGCGUCAGAAAGGACGUCGCUGCGCCCGGGGGGUACCCGGCGGACGCGCUGGACAUGCCCGGCACGGACCCGACCGAGUUUGCGAGGUGGAUGGCGGAUCGCGCCGCGGUGGAGCGGCUGAGGUUCUUCUUCGAGGACAGGAUCGGGACGGCGGUGGGGGAGAGCCCGUUGGAGGAUGGGAUUUGA